AUGACUACACAGCAGGCAGGCAUCAGUGUCGCAGCACCUUCAAGCCAGAAUGACAGCGACAAGGCCUCCCUCAGCUCAGCCAUCGAUCUCCAGCGAAGGCUCAAGUCGAGGCACAUCUCCAUGAUUGCCCUAGGCGGCACGAUUGGCACAGGUCUGUUUCUUGGAUCAGGGACAGCCUUGAGCAAGGCUGGCCCUGUCGGAGCACUUUUGGCGUAUGCCUUCACGGGUUCCCUGGCAUACAGCGUCAUGGUGUCUCUAGGGGAACUGGCAACUUAUCUGCCUAUUGCAGGAGCCUUUACCGGCUAUGCUGCAAGGUUCGUUGAUACCUCUUUGGCCUUUGCCAUGGGUUGGAUCUACUGGCUCUCAUGGGCAAUCACUUUUGCAAUCGAGCUGAGUGCCGUGGGUAUCAUCAUCCAGUACUGGCUCCCGGACCUAUCCUUUGCAGUGUGGAUUCCCGUCUUUUUUGUUCUCAUCUUGCUCAUCAACUGCUUGCCCGUGAGCGUUUUUGGCGAACUCGAGUUUUGGGCAGCGAGCAUCAAAGUCAUCUUCGUUAUUGGCUUCUUGCUAUUUGCUAUCUGCAUCAAUGCCGGUGCUGGCUCACAGGGUUACCUUGGCUUCAAGUACUGGAAGUCUCCGGGUCCCUUCAAUGCCUACCUCGUUGAUAGUCGAGCUGGCAAAUUUGUUGGUUUCUGGGCAGUCUUGAUCCAAGCAUCCUUCUCUUACCAAGGCUCAGAACUCGUUGGUAUUGCUGUUGCUGAGGCUGAAAACCCACACAAGACUGUCCCGAGCGCCAUUCGCAAGACCAUCUGGCGAAUCCUCAUCUUCUUCAUCGGUACCAUCUUCGCCAUUGGCAUCUUGAUUCCCUCAGACAAUGAGCAGCUGCUUUCAGACAGCUCAGAUGCAACGGCUUCACCUUUCUUGAUUGCUGCCGUCUUGGCUGGCCAGACGGGAGCCCUCCCAUCCAUCAUCAACGCAGUCCUGCUCACCGUCAUUCUAUCUGCAGCCAACUCCAAUGUCUACUCUGGCUCGCGUAUUCUUGUAGGUCUUGCUGAAGCCAAACUUGCGCCGCAAAUCUUUGGUCGCAUUUCCAAGCACGGCGUACCCUACUUUGCCGUUGUCUUUACCGCCCUUGUUGGUCUCCUUGCCCUCCUCAACCUGAGUGAAGGUGCUGGCAAAGUAUUCAAUUGGCUCGUCAACAUUUCAGGACUCGCAGGCAUGAUUACCUGGGCCUCCAUUAGCUUCUCCCACUUGCGAUUCAUGGCAGCACUCAAGGCACAACAUGUUGACCGCAAUACACUACCAUACAAGGCAUCCUGGCAACCAUACCUCACUUACUACGGUUUUGGUUUCAUGGUGCUCAUCAUCAUCACGCAGGGCUUCACCUGCUUCAUCCCAAGCUUUUCCGUCGAGGACUUCUUCAUCAACUACAUCUCACUCAUGUUGUUUGUUGUGUUAUACGCAGGUCAUAAGCUUAUUACUCGCAGCACGAUUGUUAGGCCUGAGCUGGCUGAUAUCAGGACUGGUCGGCGACAAGCUGAGAUUUGCAGUGAAAAGGCACAAGCUGAGUUGAGGAGUGGUGCUCCUCGUUCCUUCUGGGCUCGCUUGUCGGCUUGGAUGUGA